UCAUGGGGAAAAAAAAAAAUUGCAGCAAAAAGAAAGAAGAAGAGAAACUUGCCGCCGGUUCGGCAUCCCGUAUUACCAAAUUUGACCGUUGGAGCACGAGAUGAGAAACCACAAAAAUUCGACCGUUGGGCCUUCGCGUACGUUCUCCGAACUCCCAGUAUCGCCUUCCCCUUUAUCUCGCCUCCAAUCCAAACACCCCAAACCCAAUCUCUCCUCUUCCACUCCUGCACCCAUCUCCCCCUCUCAGAUAAUUUCCUUUUCGCAACCCCAGAAACUCCAAACUUCCCCAUUUUUCUUUUUUCUUUUUUUUUAAGAAAAGAAGAACCCACAAAACCCCCCACCAAAAAAAAAAAAUAAAAAUCCCCAUUUUCUUGAUUCUUUCCCAAUUCGUCCACCAAUCCACGCCAAUGGCCGCGGAUCCAAGAGACGCGCACGUCGUGGAAAUCCCCAGCGACGCUCCGCCGCAGUCGCCGGCGCUGCCGAGCAUCGUCGCCGCCUCCGCCGCGAUCCAGCACCACCCGCUGACCCAGAUCUCGGAGAGCCCCGGCCACCUCCUCCUCCUCAAGCUGUGGCAGCGCGAGGAGGACCUCCACGGGCGCCGCGCCGCCGCCCUCGAGUCGCGCAUGGACGCGGCCAAGCGCGGCGCCUUCGAGCUCUCCUCCCUCUUCUUCGCCUUCCACGGCCUCUCCCUCACCCUCCUCUUCGCCUCCUCCGCGCACCUCCCCCACCGCGCGUGCCGCCACACGUGGUGGGUCCCCGCAGCCCUCUCCCUCUCCACCUCGCUCGUGCUCGCGUGCGCCGUGCACGCUAGGGUUUCGGGCUACUGGGACGCGUCGCGGAGGUUGACGAGGGAGCGCGGGGAGGGGAGGGCGCUCGCGCGGUGCAUGCAGGAGCUGCGGAUGAAGGGCGCGAGCUUCGACCUGUCGAAGCAACCGCAUGCGGCCGCGUCGACGAAGCGGAUGAAGAGCUCCAGCGUGGAGGUUACGUGGCGCCCGAUCGCGUGGGUCUCGCGCAAUCUCGUCACCAUCGCCCUGCUUUGCGUCGCCGGAGUCGUCGUCCCCUGUUGCAAGUUCAUCCUAUGCGGCUGACACCGUACCCAUUGAGAAAUGAAGAGCGGAGAAAAUCAUCUACUUGAAGAAUCACUCGCAAUUUGAGAGAUCACUGCUUGUGCUCUAGUAUUCACUCAAAACGUUCUUGUUAUCUAC